AUGGCCAACCAUGCCACUCUUCGUGUGAUGCAAGAGCUGAAGCAGUUACAUGAGCAUGCGGACAUCGGCAUCAUGGUGUCCUACGACGAAAGCAACAUGCUUGAGGUGGACGCAGUGGUCGUGGGUCCCCCAAACACUCCUUAUGCUCUAGGAUUCUAUGAGUUCAACAUCAAAUUUCCCCCUGACUAUCCUGCAAAGCCGCCCAGUGUCAUCUUUCGAACAACGAAUCGAGGUCACACUCGAUUUGGUCCAAAUCUUUACGCCUCCGGCAAAGUUUGCUUGUCGAUUCUCGGUACAUGGCCUGGUAGACCAGAGGAGCAGUGGUCUCCGGUACAAGGCCUUGAGACAGUCCUCCGGUCGAUUCAAAGCCUACUGGCCGAGAAUCCGUAUACCCUGGAGCCUGGUAAUGAGAAAUGCGCGGACACCCGAGAAAGCGAGGUCUACAACGCAAAGGUUCAUCACGAGAACCUUCGACUAGCUGUCAUUCGGCCGCUGGAAGAAGCCUUUGGUGGCAGCGACUUGCCUUUGCCCGAAAAGUCUCUCAACGCUUACCCCAGAGUGCAGAGGAAGCGUCCCCUGCCAAGGCCGUUUAUUGAUGUGCUCAAGCGAAGAUUUCUCUGGUACCUGGAGCCUUACAAGAUGGAGAUCGAGAAAGGCUGUCUCAGGCGGGAAUGGAGCACUGGCUCAUUCCCGGUGCUGCGCUUUGAGUACACUGGCAACGACAUGGCGGGCCACUGGGACUAUGAAAAACUCAAGUCUCGAUUGAAGAACCUCGAAGAUCAGAUCCUUGCAGAGACACACAACUGGCCACGACUUGGAAUUGAGGAAGCGUCGAACAGCGAGGUACUCGCUGCAAGUCUGCGUACCCAGUACAAGAACAUCGCCUCCGCCCUUGGCCGCCGCUCGGAGGGUAUGGCUGUGGUUGAGCUCGUCGAGGAUAAUCCUUUCUUGUGGAAACUCACAUACCACGGGCGUCCCAUGACCCAGUUCGACGGCGGAGUGAUCAAAGCCAAGAUCUACAUCAGUCCUAAGCAUCCCGCCGAGCAGCCGCGAGUGUUUCUCGAAGACACACUUGAGCAUGUCCGUGUCACACCGCAGAAGUUCCUACUUUACCUUCCUCUCGAGGCUGAAGGUAUGAGUGACCACGUCGAUGGGAUCAUUCGCUCACUUGAAGAAGAGAGCCCGCCCUGUGACCCUCUCAUGACCGUCAACCCGGCAGCGAGCGCACUUUGUUGGGGCACCCCGGAGGAAAAGCGACAGUAUCGUCGCAAUCUUCGUCGCUCAGUCGAAGCUACUAUUGGAUGA